AUGCCAAGAUUAGGGUUCUCCAGCCUAACCCACAAGUUCCACGACGAACACCACGGAGCCAGCAACCACAACCCCGGCAACAUAAAUAACAGCCAUAGCAGCAACAGCAUCACCAGCCACGCCUCGUCCUCAAACGUCUCCCACGACGCCCAUCACAACUUGCUCAACUUCUCCUCUCCUUCCUCAGAGAACAUCCACCACAUCCACAACGCCUCCAGCUCCCCCAUGAACCACGCCCCCUCCUCGAGGAGAUCCUUCUUCGGCCUCAACUUGGGCAAGUCGCCCUCCAACGAGUCCCAGUACUCCAUCAUGUCCGACGACAAUCAUCAUGUGCAUAACAACCAGACCAGUGCCGCCCCCGCCAACCACCACAACAACAACAGCUCUUCCAACCUCACCUCCACCGCCUCCUCCAGCCACGUCGCUGCACCCCCUAUCCAGAGAAACGGCUCAAGCUCAAUGGUGCAGUUGAAAAAGUUCUUCAGGCCUGCAAGAAAAAACUCAAAUGACCAUAUUCACUCCCCAUUGAACCACUCCAACUCCGGCCUCAACAACAGGAGGUCGCCCCACGGACACUCCAACUCGAACUUGAAAUCCUUGAGUCAAAGUCAAAACAGCAGCCCCGCUCCGCAGACACCCUCGACACCAACCUUCACCCAUGACGCAAAUAAUAACAUGAUUGUGAAGACAGACCAAAAGUUUUGGGAUGACUUGGAAGGAUCUGUCACUAAGAAGUACGGGAAACUAGGAAAAGUUUUGGGUUCAGGAGCCGGAGGUUCUGUUAGAUUGAUCGUCAGAGAAAGUGAUGGUGUUACCUUCGCCGUGAAAGAAUUCGUCCCUAGAAGACCAAACGAAUCGGUAAAGGAGUACGCCAAAAAAUGUACUGCAGAGUUUUGUAUCGGUUCAACAUUACACCACCCGAACAUUAUCCAAACAUUAGAUAUUAUCAAUGAAAAUAACCAUUUCUAUGAGGUCAUGGAAUACGCACCAAUAGAUUUUUUCGCCGUCGUGAUGUCGGGCCAAAUGACCAGAUCCGAAAUCAACUGCUGCUUGAAGCAAAUCACCUUGGGUGUCAGCUAUUUACACUCUGUAGGUUUGGCUCAUAGAGAUCUUAAAUUGGACAACUGUGUCGUCACCAAGGACGGGAUUGUUAAAUUGAUUGAUUUUGGUUCUGCAGUCGUCUUUAAAUAUCCUUUUGAAGAAGAAACGGUUAAAGCACAUGGUAUCGUUGGUUCCGAUCCUUAUUUAGCUCCAGAGGUGUUAACCUCAACAGACAAUUAUGACCCCCAAUACGUGGAUAUCUGGUCUGUUGCCGUCAUCUAUUGUUGUAUGACUCUAAGGAGAUUUCCCUGGAAAGCUCCGAAGAAAGACGAUCCAAGUUUCAGUCUCUAUUGUAUGGAGGAUGAUCAACCUCAUGAUUACGUCGAGAGCGCAAGGAAACAUAAAGAAUUGUUGAUAGAAAGAAAAAAGAAAAUAGUACAGCUACAGAAGGAGAAGGAAGAAAAGGGAACGCAACCACAAGCUCCUCCACAAACUGAAGAUCCUGUGCAAAGCGUGACUGAAAAGGUCAACGAUUUGAACGUCGAAACACAACCCGCUCCCCCUGCACAGCAGAGUACACAACAAGAGAACCCUAUGACUUUGCAAGACGAAAUAUUAUUAGGUGACCCAGAUCAGGUCGCUGUUAAACCAAAGGUAGGCUCACAAAUGGAUGAGGAAGAACCCACAACAUCAGAUAAACCUGUGGCUAAAUUUGAUGAUAAGGGUAACGAAGUGCCUGAACGCCGUACAGCUGGUGCAACCAAAUCUCAAAAACAAAUACACGGUCCAUAUAGAUUGAUGAGGUUACUACCACAUGCGGCAAGGCCUGUAAUUUCCAAGAUGCUUGCUGUGAAGAUCGAAGAUAGAGCUACAAUGAAAGACAUCUUGGAUGAUGAAUGGUUCAAAGAAAUCAAAUACUGCACCAUCGACGAAGAUGGCAAAACCAUCAACGAUCCAAGUCAUCAUCAUACUAUAGUAUAA